AUGGCGGACGGGAAGCCCUCCGCGCAAACAGAUGGCACGAAGCGAAAAGCGCUGGACAUUUCUACCAAGCGAGCCAUUCUAAACGAGCUAGCUCAAGGCGCUAAAAACUGCGAGCUGGUUAAGAAGUACGGCGUGUCCAAGUCAACGAUAUCAACGAUUCUAAGGAAUAAGGACAAGAUAAUCAGUGCCGAUGCCAACUCGACGGACAGAAAGCGCCUGCGGAGGGCCACCUACGCGGACAUGGAGGAAGCGCUUCUGAAAUGGUUCGUCGACGCGCGGGCUCGAAAUAUUCCGAUAAGUGGUCCUAUGAUGCUGGCCAAAGCGAAAGACUUCGCAUUUCUGUUGGAUUUUCCCGACUUCUGCCCAGGAAAUGGCUGGCUACAUCGGUUCAAGGUGCAUCAUGGCAUUGUUUUUAAAUCGAUUGUCGGUGAGGCGGCCUCGGCCAGCGACCAAGACGUUGCCUCGUGGCUUGAAGCAAAUAGAGACACUAUUUUAAGCUAUGCGGAGCAAGAAGUCUAUAACGCAGACGAAACUGCGUUAUUCUACCAGAUGCUGCCAGGAAAAACGAACGCCAUGAAAGGCGACACAUGUGCUGGCGGCAAGCACAGUAAAGUGCGCGUCACAGCGCUUUUGUGCACUAACAUGGAUGACAGCGACCGGCGCGUGCCCGUUGUAUCGGCCGACUUCGCCGAUGUCGGAGCCGAUGCCGACCCUGAAGCUUCCGAAGAGGACCACUCCGGCGGCGAUUUGUGGCAGUGUGUUGUCGACUCAGACAUGGGAGGGCGGGACAUCUGCUCGGAUGAUUUUGUUAUGGCCGAUGAUGAUGCCGACACCGCGGAACCGUGCACGGAUGAGGGCAUUGUCAAUGAGCGACUCUGA